UUGUUCAGUGCGAAGUGUGCUCGAUGCGGUAUAGCAUUACAGCCGACCGACUUCGUGUUCCGUUGUUUGAAUAGUACAUAUCAUGCACAGUGUUUUUCAUGUGUCUAUUGUAAUCAUCCAUUGAAAAAAGGCGAUCAAUAUCUGCUGAUUGACGGUCAAGUGAUUUGCAGAGCUGAUUAUGAAUUGUUACUUUGCAAUCAACCCAUAGCGCAUGCUUAUUUCGAUCUUGAACAAAACGAUGCGAAUCGAAAAACGCCAAAACGUCCACGAACAAUUCUCAACACACAACAACGGAGGGCCUUCAAACUGGCGUUUGAGAAAAGCGCAAAACCAUGUCGUAAAGUACGUGAGCAGCUCGCCAAAGAGACCGGUUUGAGUGUUCGAGUGGUGCAAGUCUGGUUUCAGAAUCAACGAGCUAAGGUUCAAAAGUUGUUGAUUUUAUCGCGAAGACAAAUCACCCGAUUCCAGACACACCUAUUCAAUGAAUCUAUCCCAUCAUUUAGCUAUAAUCCGGCGUUCCUAUGA